CCGCAGGCACCACCUCGUCCAGCUGAUCCACGCCCCUGCCUGCCACAUCGUUGUCAACACUGACUCUGCGCCUGUCUCCUCGUUCGGGCUCGCCUGUCCGACCUCGCCCAAGACCUUUCCUCUGACAAAAGAAUACUAGCUCGCGCAUCUCUUUUGACCCUUUUCCUUCUUAUUCUUGGCGUCGACCUCACUCCCCAGACGCUGGUCAAGGCUGUGUUCAUUCAACUCGAUCAUCUACCCAGUGUUCACCCUUCAUCAUAUCGACAAUGUCUCUUAGAAGUAACUAAAGGACGUCAGGUCUUUGAGACUCUCUCUCUCUCUUCAACUGUACCCCUACCAGCAAACCAGGCCCUUUUGAGUCUCUGCUACCAUCUCUUGUCUCUCGUUUUUGGACCGCCACGCUGCUUUUUUGGCGACGGUUGUCACACCCCUGUCGCCUCUUGUCUGUGCAUAUUGUCCGAUACCCCAUCUCGCCAACAUGUCAGGGGGCGGUUCAAGCAGUCGUUCCAUGGAGUCCCGGACCGGCCGGGACAAGCAACGCUACAACUCGAAAGGUGAACGUCUGGUCGCCGGUGUGGUUCCGUUGACCGAGGACAGGAAGUACGUCUUGUUAAUACGGUCUACCAAAAGGAAGAAUGGCUGGGUCCUGCCAAAGGGCGGCUGGGAGACGGACGAGGAGUGCGAGGAAGCUGCUAUGCGAGAGGCUUGGGAGGAGGCUGGCAUUGUAAUCACCAUCGACUAUAACCUCGGCGACAUUCCCGAGACGAGAAAGCCCAAGAAAGACAAGAAGGAUGCUACCAAGUGUCUGUACCACUUCUACGAGGGCACAGUCACCGUGGAGGCCAAGGACUGGCCCGAAGCCGAGAAGCGAGAGCGCAGAUGGAUGACCUAUUCCGAGGCAAAAGAGGCACUCAAGGACCGGCCAGAGCUUCUCGAAGCCCUCAAAGCCUCCGCCAUCAAGAGGUAGCCUGGUCAACAGGCUGACAACACCAUCCCGUCAACCACAAAACCCUAUCUACCCACCUCUACAUCCCGGGCUGUCGUCAGUCUUGCAAAGGCAGCACAUCAUCUCGGCUUGCGGAAAGUCAUUCUGGCCUUCGUUGUGUCAGAGUUUCCACACCUUCGGGAUAAUCUCGUCGUCAGUGGCUCGAUCAACUCCCCAGCAGGCUUCAUAUCUUUCCGUCUGCACAUUCUGAAGAUCCCUACUCAUCUUAUUUCUUUUGUGAAGGUUUCACGCAUUAGAGGAUUUUCUGUUUUCGGCUUGCGAGUCAUUGUCAUGCAAUCAAAUUCUGGGCGGAUUGGGGAAAAAGCACAAAAUACUUGGGGGCUUGUCUUUCGGAGCGGUCCUGGCUGUCCUCCUACCUCGCCAUCUCGCCUCAAAUGACAGGCAAAAUGACCAACAGUCUGCAAUUCUUCACAGGAGCAUCACGGAGUUCUGGUCUAGGUUUAUAGAGCGAGGACAGAAGAAGGAGAGAGAAAGAGAAGAGACCAAAAGAGAGAAAGUAAAACAUAGUCUAGGGUGCUUAAAAGCUAGGGAAAAGUGAUGGUCGAAUUUUCAUGAGUGAGACAUCACGAAUCAACGUUGGGGGUCACUUUAAAUCGUCCUGAGUCGAAUUGGGCAUCAGACCCUUUGGACGACCAGCCUAGAGCUGGGUUUGUGUGUCUCCGUGCGAAUUUAAUCCGCUGGAGAUGGGCGCUGGUGCACGUCCUUGAGGGACCUUGACUCGGCUUUUGAAGCCAAAGACUGAUUGUGGCUGCAGCAUUUUGUUUCGGGAGAUAUAGACUAUUGGAGACGCUCAAUGGGAGAGGCAGACAUCUGCUAGAGGGGAUCUCUGACAAAGAUUAAUGCGGAAGAGACACACUACAGACAAUGAAUGAAAUCCUGGC